CAGCGUUGGUCGUUUUGAGAGUUUGCGUUUGGAACAUGCAGCACGAGCCCAAGCAGCCCGGCGAGGCGACGAGCGAGGGCUUGACAGACCCGCCGCCGCCCCAUCAAGACGCCCAGGACAAAGUACGACUGAAGGAUGGGAAAGACAUGUAUCGCCGCGUGAACACGCCGUCGACCGCGCCUCCUGCGUCGUCGUCGAGCGAACGCCUCGCUGUCGUCACGUCGUCGUCUGCGCCUGUAUCGACGACGUCGACAACCUCCUCGGACUGCCGGACCGUGUCGCUCCAUGACGCGGCACACAACUCGGCGCUGUUCGGCACGGGCACGAACGUAGUCGUCACAUCCAAGUACACGACGUUUUCGUUCCUGCCCAAGUUUCUCUUUGAAUCGUUCUGCAAGGUCGCCAACUUGUUCUUUCUCGUGGUGUCGAUUCUCCAGACGAUCAAACCCAUCUCCAACACGUAUGGCGUGCCCACGAACGCCCCCACGCUGCUCUUCGUGAUCUGCAUCGACGCGAUCUUUGCCAUCAUGGAAGACUUGCGCCGCCACCAGAGCGACGACGCCGCCAACUCGGCCACGUGUCACGUUGUUGUCGACAAGAACACAGUCGCGGACAGGCUGUGGUCCCACGUCAAGGUCGGCGACGUGCUCCAGAUCCGCAACCGCGAGGUCAUUCCCGCGGACGUGCUCAUUUUGUCGGUGGAAGAGCCCGACCCCAACGUCCCCAGCGGCAUUUGCUAUGUGGAAACCAAGUCCCUAGAUGGAGAAACCAACCUCAAGCUUCGCCAAGCCCUCCCUGCGACCAUGGGCUCCUUGCGUCACACCGCCGACCUCCUCAAGCUUGAAGGCACCGUCCUCUGCGAAACACCCAACCCGUACAUUAACAAGUUUGCAGGCAACAUGGACGUGACCGUGGACGGCCAAGCGUGGCCCCGGGAACCCCUGAGCAUCAAGAACGUGUUGCUUCGCGGGUGUACGCUGCGCAACACGGAUUGGGUGUACGCGCUGGUGCUUAACACAGGGAGCGAUACCAAGAUCAUGCAGUCGGCGUCGUCGGCCCCGACCAAGUGGAGCGACGUGAUGAUCACGCUCAACAAGUGCAUUGGCAUUCUGUGCAUCGGGCUCGUCGUGCUGUGCUCGGUGGCGGCGACGGUGUUUGUGACGUGGCAAAACCAGAUCGCGCGGGAAGCGUGGUACCUCCACGGUACCAUCGCCGCCAACAAAGUGGUGCUGGAAACCACAGGCGACGCCGUCCAAACGUGGUUUAUCAUGUGCUUUUACUACUUUUUGCUGCUCUACCAAGUGAUUCCGAUCUCGCUCUACGUGUCGCUCACGACGGUCAAGUUCCUCCAAGCUAUGUUUAUGGCGUGGGACCUCAAAAUGUACCACGCCGAGUCCGACACGCCUGCGAUCGUGCGGACGAUGGCGCUGAACGAAGAAUUGGGCCAGAUUUCGUACAUUUUUAGUGACAAAACCGGCACGUUGACGUGCAACGUGAUGGAUUUCCGCAAAUGUUCGAUCAACGGCGUCAGUUAUGGCUCGGGGUUGACGGAAAUUGGUCGUGCGGCCCUCAAACGCGCCGGCCAGCCGAUUCCACCGGAACCCCAAGCCGACCCGACCGUGAAAUCGAUCCCGUACGUCAACUUUGUCGACCCGGCACUGGAUGCCGCCAUGCGCCGCGAUGGUGACGACAGCGUUGCUCUGCAACGUCAAAAGUGUCACCAGUUCUUUGAGCAUUUGGCCGUGUGCCACACGGUGAUUCCCGAGAAAUUGGACUCUGGAGAGAUCCGGCUGAGUGCGUCGUCCCCCGACGAGCAAGCUCUGGUCGCGGGUGCACAGUACAUGGGGUACACGUUUGAGAGUCGGUCCGUGGGGAAAGCGAUGCUGGACGUGGCGGGCGUGGGAAAAAAGUCGUACGAGAUCUUGGAAGUGCUCGAGUUCAACAGCACGCGCAAGCGCAUGUCGGUGGUCGUGCGGUUGCCAACAAACGAGCUCAUGUUGUACACCAAGGGCGCCGACAUGAUGAUCUACGCGCGGCUGCAUCCGUCGUCGAAAGCGCUCGAAGCAAUCACGUCGCAGCACAUGGAGCAGUACGCCGACGACGGCCUGCGCACGCUCGCGCUGGCCGUGAAAUCCCUCGACGAGUCGUGGUUUGCCACGUGGAGCGCCAAGUACCGCGCCGCGAGUGGCUCCAUCGACGAGCUCGAUAAGCGCAAGCAUGGCCAACCGAACGCGAUCGACACGCUCAUGGAGGAAAUGGAGUCGGAUUUGACGCUGAUUGGCGCCACCGCCAUCGAAGACAAGCUCCAGCGCGGCGUCCCAGAGUGUCUGUCGAGUCUGAGCGCCGCACUCAUCAAGGUGUGGAUGCUCACGGGGGACAAGGAAGAAACCGCCAUCAACAUUGGCUACGCAUGCGCGCUGCUCGACAACGCGAUCGUCCAAGUGGUGAUCAACAUGGACAACUGCCCGACCGCCGACGCCAUCCGCGACAAACUCGCCGCCGCCGCCGACGCAUUCCAUGCCAAGCAAGGCCAAGAUCGGUACGCGUUGGUGAUCGACGGCGAGGCGUUGGAAAUGGCGCUCAAGCCAGACAUGAAGCACGACCUUCUCGGCCUCGCGCAGCAUUGUGUCGCGGUCAUCUGCUGCCGCGUCUCGCCGGCCCAAAAGGCCGAAAUGGUCAUGCUUAUCCGCGAUCACUUGCCCGAAGCUCGCACGCUGGCAAUUGGCGAUGGCGCGAACGACGUGGCGAUGAUUCAAGCGGCGCACAUUGGCGUGGGCAUCUCGGGACAGGAAGGGAUGCAAGCGGUCAACUCGAGCGACUAUGCGAUCGCGCAGUUUCGAUUCCUCCAGCGGCUGCUGUUGGUGCACGGUCGGUGGAACUACAUGCGCAUCUCCAAAGUCGUGCUGUACAUGUUUUACAAAAAUAUCACGCUCGUGUUGGCGCAAUACUGGUACGGGUUUCUCAGCGGCGCAUCCGGAUCCAAAGUAUACUGGGAGCUCGGCGUCCAAGUGUACAACAUCUUCUUCACGGGGCUGCCUAUCGUCGUGCUGGGGGUGCUGGACCAGGACCUGCCCGACUCGAUGAGCGUCAAGUUUCCGACGCUGUACCAAGCCGGGCCAAACCGCACGCUGUUCAACUUUUACUCGUUCUUUCGAUGGCUCGGCGCCGCCGUAUACGAAAGCCUCGUGAUUUUCUUCGUCAUGGUGUACGGGUACAACUCCAAGAACAACGCGAUCGGGUCCGAGUCGAGGGUCGAGUACGGCAUGGUCGCGUUCACGCUGGCCGUGCUGAUUGUUAACCUCAAGAUCUGCCUCGUCAUGUGCAACUGGACGUGGGUCCCCCGCCUCACGUGGUGGCUGAGUGUGCUCAGCUGGUUUAUCAUCGUCUGGCUCGGCACGACUGCCAUCCCGUGGUUCGCGACGCUCAAAGUCGGGUACGACGAGUUUGGGUCGUUUUUGCCGACGUUCGAGUCGGGGUCGUACUGGCUCAUCUUGGUCAUCGGGUCGUCCAUCGCGCUCGGCCGACACUUUUCGUGGAACCAGUACCAACGCCUGUUUACCCCCGAGUUGUACCAGAUUCUCCAAGAGGCGGUACUCGUGGAGAAAACACAAACCCAGCGCAUGACCAUUGCCAACGUGGAAGAAGCGCGGGACUUUAGCGUGUCCCUGAACGACGUGACGGCGGACGAACUGGCCAAGUUCCACCCGCAGGACACGUUUGGCAGUCCCGCGAGUGCCGCGCGGAAGGCGAGGAAGGCGCCGCGUCGCCCGGGAAUUUCGAGACGGAACACUGGGUACGCCUUCAGUUGCGACGAAGAAACGACGCUGGCCGAGUCGUUCAUUGCGACUAACCACCUCCACAACGAACCCAACACCCGCCGCAGCCAACUCAACCUCAACGCCCCCGCACUUCAGCGCUAGGAUUGACCCCAUGCAUUUUUAAUCCCUACAUUUAGAGUUAUUUUUCGACUUGUUUAAGGUAUUGCGUUG